CCCUCCAAUGAGUUCAUUUCCUUUCCUUUGAGCUCUGAUCUACGUCUGUCUCUGAACCAAACCACAAUUCACAGAUCCAGAGAAACUAUAACAAUAUAACCUCUAGAAAUUCUUAUUCCUCUAACCGUGGCUCCUUCAGCUACACAAGCCCCUUCUCGAAGGAAACCCUCUUCUUCAUCGCAAUCCUCCUCGCCUCCUAGAGUUACUCCGACGAGAAUCGUGUAUAGAGAACCGAUACCUUUCUGGCAGCAGAAUUGGUUCAUUGGAUUGCUUUUCGCGAUGGCUCUUGCCUUUUUUGGUCUCUCAAUCUUCCUCUUCCUCAACCUUGAUCUUGAACAGGGCUCCUUUUCCUCCGCCUUCGCCUCCUUCUCCUCGUCGUCGUCGUCGUCGUCGUCCUCCUCCUCCUCUGAAGGCCUUGAGAUCACCUAUGGAACGGUUCUCAAGCUGAUGCAUGAGAGGACAAAAUUUCGGCUUCAUUCCCACGAAGUGCCAUAUGGCUCUGGCAGUGGGCAGCAAUCUGUUACAGGAUUUCCUAAUGUUGAUGAUUCUAAUAGUUAUUGGAUUGUUAGGCCUCAACCAGGCACAGAUGCCAAACAAGGUGAUGCCAUCAAAACUGGGACAAUCAUACGCCUGCAACACAUGAGGACUAGAAAAUGGCUGCACAGUCAUUUGCAUUCAUCACCAAUAUCAGGCAACCUAGAGGUUAGCUGCUUUGGAGGAGAGACUGAUUCUGACACUGGGGAUUACUGGAGGCUGCUGAUUGAAGGAAGUGGGAAGACUUGGAAGCAAGAUCAAAGGAUUCGGCUGCAACAUGUUGACACUGGAGGCUACCUGCACAGUCAUGACAAGAAAUACCAACGAAUUGCUGGGGGGCAGCAAGAGGUUUGUGGUAUCCGUGAAAAGCGUGCUGAUAAUGUUUGGCUGGCAGCAGAAGGCGUGUACCUCCCUGUUAACCAGAGCUAGUAGAACAGAGUUAUGCUAUUUGACUUCUAAUUUGCAAAAACAGGUGCAUGGGUUUUGAAUUUUAGCGGUGGCGGGUGCCUGUCAUUAUUUGUUCUAAUAGCUAUAGAUGCUCUAUUAAUUGAAGAAAUAUGUUUCAGAGGCCAGAAUGCAACAUUGCUAAUUGUUGUUUCUUUUUCAUGCAUUAUAUGCAAAUCUUUAUUUACCUGAA